UGCGUUUAUUCCCGAAUAUCAAAGAAAGAAGAAAACACAAAUUAAAUCAGGAUGCGUUUCUUAUUGCUAUUGUCACUUUUGGCCUUAGUCUCGUUGUCCUACCAGCAAACGUCUAAUAGCACAACUGAGGCAUCCACAACCACAGCAGCUGGUGGAAGUUCGAAUACAACAGCAGCAGAAUCGACAACAACAACGGCGGCAACGUCAACCACUCUGGUACCCUGUACCAAUCCCUGCACGCACGCCUAUAAACCAGUUUGUGGCAUGUACAAUGGCAAAAAGCGUACUUUCGAGAAUCUUUGCAUUUUGAGAGCGAAUAGACGUUGUGCCCGCAAACGAGGUACUUUGGCACGCCUUGGCAUACGCUAUUUAUAUGAUGGAAGAUGUUAGGCUACCCGUUGUCACAAUAAGUUGUUGAAGAAAUAGCCGAACACGAG